AUGGUCACUUUGCUCGUGCAUGUCAAAAUCCCCAGAAAUGUACGAAUUGUUCCGGAAUGCAUCACCGCUUACUAUGUAAUUCCCAAAAUAAUUCUUUUACAGAAAACAGGCAGUUCCAGCCGAGAGUACCGUAUAACUCAACCAAUUAUUCUCAUGGUAGCUAUCAACGACCAACGCCUUUAUUUUCAAAUUACCAACCAGUUAAUCAGCCCGUAUAUGGAAAUUACACCCCUAUGGCAAACAAUAUUAUUGAACCCGCAAAUCAAACCGUUCCGACCGUAAACCCGGAAAAUAAUCCUGCCAGUCCAGUAAAUCAGUCUCAAACAAAUGUGUCCU